CGAAUGUAAAAGAAUGGGAAUCACUGAUAUUCAGCGUCAAAGGAAAAUUGAGAACCUCGGACGCUUCAAUUCGCACUGUGAGUCGACGAUGGUGUCAACGAGAGGUCCUAAAUUCAAAUUUUCUGACGGUGAAAAAGUAUUGUGUUAUGAACCAGAUCCAACAAAAGCUAAAGUGCUGUACGACUCGAAGGUUUUAGAUGUGAUCGUCAAUAAGGAUCAACGAGGUCGCAAAGCAGUAGAAUAUCUGGUACAUUUUCAGGGAUGGAACUCGUCAUGGGAUCGAUGUGUCACAGAAGAAUAUGUUUUAAAGGAUACGGAAGAAAAUCGCCAGUUACAGAGAGACCUUGCUCAGAAGGCCCAACUUCAAUUAGGUGCAUAUCUGUACCGAAGAGAACGGAAAAAACGCAGCCACAAACUGUCCGAACGUUCUGCAGGAUCAGGUCCGGAGCCUGGGCGCAGGGCCAGAAGUGGCGGUAGCCGUGCUACAUCAGCAACUACCGGCUCUUCCGAAGAUGGCAGUUCUGGUCAACACGAUGAUUACGAUACCGAGGAGGCUGCCACAGAGGAAGAUACAGAAAGUAGUUCGGAGUAUGGUGAUGACAGUAGCGGAGGCGAUGAAAGUGGGGGUGGAAGUCAUUCUGGUGGAAGUCAUCGACCAGGAAUAGAUCUUGACAUUGGUGCCACAUUGAAACGCUUAUUAGAACAAGAUCAUGAUCUCAUAACUCGUAAAAAUAAGACUGCUGUACUACCAGCUCAGCCAACAGUAUUAAAUAUUUUGGAAACAUGGGUGCAACACUUUACAACUACCCAGUUAACAAAUAUUUCCGAUAAACCCCAACGAAACAAAUCAAAUCAUACCAUCGAGAAAACUGUUAACGAUGUUAAUAUAUGUAGAGAAGUUGCGGAUGGAUUGAGGAUUUACUUUGACUUCACGUUAGCUGACCUUCUGUUGUACAGAGAAGAAAAGGAACAGUACGAAAGCUUUCGAUCAUCCUUUCAAUACGUUGAUCUUGCACCUUCUCUUAAAGAAGAGUCCUUUGAUAAUUCAGAGCAGCAUGUCACAAUUAAAGAAGAACUUGAAGAUACAGAAUUUGCUCACUUACCACCAUUCAGAGAGCAUGAGUCUGAACUAGAAAACUUGUCACCUAAACCGCCUGUCGAGUCUAAGCGUAGAUUGCGAUCCUGUAGAGUGAGCUCUAUGGAUGAGGGAAGACAACUUCGCUCCUAUGAUGAAGUUAAACAAGAACCAGGCAAUCUGUCAAGCAUAGCUAGUACAAGCUCACGAUGUUCUAGUCCUCGAGGCUUACCCUUAAGACUACCAAUCAUUCCGUCAGCUCAAAUUGGUGCUUUACUUCAACAGUCAAAUGCUUGGCGUUUAGUACCUGAGUCUGAAAAGCGUCAAAGUCCUUUGGCUCCAUCUAUGUAUUAUGGUGCAAUUCAUCUGACAAGGCUUUUUGUAAAACUGCCUGACUUAUUACAAGCUGUGGACAUGCCUGAAAAAAAAUUGAAGACACUUUUGAAGCACUUGGACAUGUUUUUAAGUUUUCUAGAAAUGCAUCGAGAAUGGUUUGGUGAACAAUUUUACACGCAAGCAGAGAAUUUACCCCUACAACAGAUUGUGAAUUUAUAGCAGCCCAAAAAAAUUUGGAAAAUGUAAAUUUACUUUAAUUUUUUACAACUUUUUAAAAAAUAAAAUCUGACCUCCGAUAUAAUAUAUA